AUGUACCUCUUAUAUUUGUCCUUACUUGUCUUUACUUCUGUUUCUAAAUCAUUAUCUGAUUUGACAUCAGAUGAUGUUGUUGAUAUAAAAGCACAUGAUCAUAGGCUUUUGACAAAGAUCCUCGCUGCAAGAAAAAUAGAAGACAUAUUUGACAACGAUAAAAACACACAUGGACUUUUCCAUGCUGAUGUAGAUCAGAAAGUUAAUCUUCUUGUUGAUCUUGGCGGAUUAUAUCGAAUCAGCUCAGUGGAGAUUACUUCUGAUCAACCUGAAAAUCUUAAACAAACUAUCAGCGUUGGUUAUGGAUUCGAUAAAAAUACGACGAAUUCAUUUGGAUCUUCGUACAAUUGUACAUCUCAACAAACAUCUACACUGUGUAUACCUGCUUGUAAAGCAUAUGACAGUUCACAUACCGGCUUUGUUGGCAAUAGUUUGUUAUGGAGUUUUCAGUCACAAAAAGAGGGAUGGACUAGAAUUUAUGAUUUAAUAAUACGCGGUACUCUAUUUGAUGAAAAUCGUAGCAUAAAGAAUAAUAUUGUUGAAAUUACAUUGUUUAAGCCAUAUAUUGAUCAUCGAGUUCCUGCGGACUCCAUGGAAUCAUGUGAUGGAUUAUUAUGGCAUUUGAAUGAUGAAAGUACUGUGACAGAAAGUUCUGUGUUAGCAUCUACUGAGGAUCGUAAUGUUACAAUAUUUUUUGGAAAGACCUAUUCUGUAACAAGUGUCAAUUUUGUAACAUCAAAACAAGAUGAUAUGCCACACGAGUAUGCUUUAUAUUUCAAUGGUAUAGAAGCAUUCAUGAAAAUAAUUAAUCUUCAAAAUGAUUGUACAUCGGAUUCUGAGAAUGAUGGUGCCAAUUUUAAACAAGAAUAUAAUUGUGCGACUACAGAUUUAGAAAGUUAUACAUUUGAUUCGGUUACAUUGAAUGUGAAAGGUCUUUAUAAAUUACAUGUUUAUGGAUUACCAUUCCAUUAUCCUAAAAUUCAAAUAAUUCCAUCGAAAGAAGACGAUAAAACAAUUAUGGAUAGUGAAAAUUUAUUACAACUUAGUUGUAUUGCACAAUCCUGUGAUUCAUCAUCAUCAUUCACCAAUUUACUUGAAGCUGAUGGUAAUGCUCGUCGAUCCAGAAGUAGCAGUGGUGGUAGCGCAUCAUCAUGUCCUAGAAAUGGUCAUAUUAUACAAUGUGAAUAUCUGGAUCUGUUUCGUUUAGCAACACUUUCGAACAAUAAUGAAAAUACUGUUCACAAAAUACAAUUAACAAAUCAAGGAAUAAUCAAUACAGAGAUUAGUGAAAUUAUGACAGAAUUGAAAAUUAUACAAUCCAAUGCUGAGAAAUUAAUUGUCACCAUGCCAAGAACUCAUCAAUAUUACAGUCAGUAUCAGUGUAGUUGUCAAGCGAAUGACCAUAAAAAAUCACAACUUUUCUCAUUAUCUACAAAUCUUAAACCGACAGAUUUUGAUCAAGAUUUUAUAUUUCAAACAAAUUACACAACAGUAUUUGCUGAACAAGUCAUUGAAUCACAUGUAGGCUUUAUUGAACUACCAGAAAAUGAACAAGAAAGUUAUUUUAAAUUCUAUAUCACUGGUUAUAGUCUGUUAAAAGAUGUACAAAUCGGGGUUGUAUUUAUUGAAGGUGGACAAGCAGGAAGUAGAACAAAUUCAAUUACAGAACAAACAAAUGUACAAGCAUUUCCAGGCGUCAAUACUGAUUCUGAUCUAUGGUCAUUACCAGUUUAUAAAUAUGAAUUGCAAGACGUUUGGCCAGAUCCUGUUGAUGAUAAUGUGAUUACAAUUACAUGGAGUAUGCCGGAAGCUCUAUUAUCAACUAAAAAAUCACCAUCUGUGAUUAAAGAUGUUUUUCGGACGUUGAUUAUAACACCGGAUAAAGUGAAUACAAUUCGUGCAUGGGUUUGGCAAAGAGAUUCACAUUUAUUAGAUAUUCGAGCAUAUCAUCAAUUAGAUGAGAAUAAUGUAGAUAAUCAAUUGAAAAUCUUAACUCUACAACAUUCUGGUUGUUCUGUGAAUGAAGGUGAAAAUUUAAUUGUGGCAAGUGUUCAACUUAAAGAUGGAAAAUGUACUACAGAUAAUAAUGAUAUAAUUACAUGUACACGUACAAUUCAUGGACAAAUAAUUCAAUUUAAAUUAAAAAAUCCGCCUACAUCAGAUAUUUAUAAAUUACACUUGAAAUCUGGUGGAGAUGAUGAUAGUGUGGAAUCAACGCCAAGUAUUGAUUUAGUUACUUCUGGAUCACUUGGUGAAGAAGUUAAAGAAGAUAUUAAAGAUGCUGGAUUAAGUUUAACUAUUGAAGGUAUUCAUUAUGAACAUGAAACACAAGAAACUGAAUUAGAUGUUGCAGUUCAUAUUGCUUCAAAAGUGAUCUCCGACAAUGUUGCUUGUAGACCGACUUAUUUACAAUUAGAAUUUAUUGAACCAAAAAUUGAAACAUUAAAAUCGCGAGUAUCCAGUAAACAGACAAUAUUUCGAAUUAAACUACCAGCUAAUCAAAAAGAAAUAAAUUUGGAAAUACAAUUAUUCAUUGGUUCAGUGGAUCCUACACAAGCUGAAGCCAGUACAAAUCAAUCGGUUUCAUUCAAGAAUCCAUUUUACAUUCCAACGGAUGUGAUCAUUGAUGCACAGAAUCAAUUUAUUCAAUGGUAUGGUCUACCGACUAUUUCAACUAAUCUUCUUCAACAUUACACCACUAAAUUGUCUGGUUUGCCAAAAGCAUGUGAACAAGCGAAAGAAUUUGAUUUGCCAAUUACACAACAAGAAAUUGACAAUGGAACAAUUUAUAGAAUUAACUUAAAAGAUAUACCUGAUUCAACUAUCACAAAAAAUGGAUUGGCUAUUGAUUAUACAUUUAAAGUUACACCAGUAUUUAGGGGUAUCGAUGGGAAAUCCAUAACCAUGGGUACUUCAUCUGAUAUUACGUUUUCAAUGGGUCGAAUGGGUCAAACUGAGCUUAAAGCUCCUACUUCCGGUCGAUAUAAUUCAAUACAAGUACAAGUUAAACCGAGUCAAUUACCUAGUUGUCUUAAUUUAGAAACAUUAAAUACUCAAUUCACAUUAAGAGUCAUUGGUGAAGUGGUUGAAUAUCCCGAUUAUAUAAAACAAGUGAAUUAUGUACCGAUUACAACAAAAACCAGUGAAACAUUGAAUGAUAAAAACAACCAUGUGAAAUGGUAUAAAAUUGAAAAUUUAUUACCUGGUCGACGUUAUGAACUUCAAGCGGAAGUUAAAUACACGGAGGAUUUCAAAGAUAAAAUUUCCGAUCCUGUUCGUUUAUGGGUAGAAGAUGAAGUACAUGUACAAACGGAAGAAGUAUUUAUAUCACCAGGUGAACGUGUAGUGAUUAAUUGUACUGGAUCUGUUGGACCAAAUGAUGCAUCACAAAAAAGUUUAGAAUGGAAAUUACUUGAUGGUAAUCGUUUGCCCGAUGGUAGUCGUUCAUUAAAAACUCAAGAUGCACAAUCUGGACCAUUAUGGUAUGCUAUGGAAUCGUUAAUAUUUGAUCCUGUCAAUAAACAACAUAGCGGUGCUUAUGCUUGUUUCAUAAGACCAUCAAUAUCGGAGUUAAUGAAUAAAGAAACUGUAUUACAUAAAGUUACAGUAACUGUUAGUGAUUUAGAACUUGAUAUGAAUUCGAAAAUUGUUGAUUUAAACGAGAAACUUAUUAUCACAUGUCGUACAGCUAGUCCUGGUCAAUUAGAUUGGUUGUUACCAUCUGGUGAGAAAAUUGAAAUCAUGACUGAAAUGAAAUCAGACGAUGAUACUGAUGACAACAGUGAUCAACCAUACGCUGUGAAAGAUGACAAUGAUCAAAUGAAAUUAUCAAUGAAAUUAAUUAUACCAAAAGUGAAUUUGAAUAAAGUUGGUAUUUAUACAUGUUUACAUUCACCUUCAAAUAAUAAACAAACAUUUAAUUUGAAAUUGAAAGAAGGUAUUAAUCUUGUCAAAUCCGCUGAUAGUUCAGAUGAACCUGGAAAAUAUCUUAUUCUUCAAUGUACUGCAAAUUUAGGCAAUGCAAAUCAAUUAGUUACUUGGUAUAAACGAUCAAAUACAAAUUCACAAUGGUUAGAAAUCACUCAACCGGUACAAAACAUUGAACAUAUAACUAUUGAACAUAAAAAUCCUGACGAUACAUCAUCAUCAGGUGUUUGGUUAUCCGAAUUAAAAGUGAUCAAUUCACCUGGAAGUGUUGGUGAAUUUAUGUGUGCAAUACAAAAUCCCCAGUCAGCAAUGAACAUUGAACAAAUAGGAACUGCUAGAAGUAUAAUGAUGACCAAUGAUAAUGAUUUUUCGAAAAUUACACAUGAAGUUAUUCAAAUCUCAUUGAAACCUGCUUUGAAAAUACUUACUCCAACUAAAUUGGCAAAUGGUCAAAUUAAUGUACAUUGUCAAGGCUAUCCAGCACAUUCUAAAGAUCGUUUACAAUGGAUUUACAUUUUAACGGAUGCAAAUAAUAAUGAUAAUCCAAAUAAAAUUAUUCCUAUUAUACAUUCAAAUCCAAAAGAUGAAGAAAAUGAACAAGAAACUGAAGAAACUAGUACAAAAUCAUUAGAUGAGAAACAAAUUGAUGAUAUUAUCAGUGUAGCAUUUCAAUUAACUGAUAGUAGACCAGCUAUUUGGCCAGGUUCAAUUGGACCUCAACAACUUGUACAACCAAUUGGUGAUAUGCAAACAAAUAAACCAAUUUACACUCCAGAACGUUUAAGUUUAACAUUUGAUAGUAAAUAUGCUGACAAAGUGUCCGACGGAGUUUUAUCAUGUCGUUACCUACGACCAAAAGGUAUUCUCUCAAUGGAUACAGAUGACUCAGCUGAAUCAUUGUCAAAAGUUAAUCUACUGGAAAUUAAUGAUGAUGGUGAUGGAGUAUUAGAGAAGAGUGAAAUUUCUAUGAAAGAAUUAUUAGAUGCAAAAGAAGUUGAUGAUGUUGAUGAUGCUGAUGUUGAUGAGAAUGCAUCGAUAUUGAAAAAUUCACCGAUUGACGAAACAAACGAUUUACAAUCGGAUGAAACAAGAAAUAAUUCAGUGAAAAAGUCAUACUCAAUGUUACUACUAAUCUACACAAAUCUUAUUACUUUAUUGUGUAUUUUUAUGCGAAAUUAA